AUGUGUGUAUUCCUCAUCUCUUCCUCGGAGAAACAAAGUACUUACUGGUUGAUCAACCCCAUAGUUAGAGAGGCUUUAGGUGAUUGCACCGCGUCUUCUCCGAAUGUAAGCGAGUUAGAGAGUGAUGAUGACGACUCCGAAGAGGAAGAGGAUUUCUCGUCGUAUCAGGAGGAAUCGCUCACUAAAGCACGUCUAAAUAACAUCACCACGACGGUUGACCGAUUGUACAGUCUUUCGUUCAAGAUUAGAAAUCCUGCAAUGAGACUUGGACUUUCUAAGGCGAUGAUGUACACCAAAGUGGAUCCAGACACCGGAGUCGACCUCGUCGAGGUAUAUUCAUCAUUCGAUCAGAAGCAUCUCGCAGAGAUAUUCCGAUCCUUUGGUCAUCAGAAGCCCGAGAACCUUGACAGUCACUAUCUCGUUCAGCGUCUAGGAAGAGCAAAUACCCGACGAAGGCAGCAAUUCGGGUACUGGAGAAAACGAAACGUCAAAUACAAGGAAUAUUCUAAAUCUGUUGAAAAGACAGUCACAAGUUAUUCACAGACUGUCCAUAUUCCCCACAGAGGCGAGCUUCCAAUCGCCGACGGACCUCAAUCUGCUCCAUCGCAACCAUCCACGGCUACAUGGUUGAAUCAAGCGCAAGUGAAAUUAGAAGAUGAUAUCGCUUCUAUGAUAUCGACAAAAACCUUCCUCAUUUUCGCAGAUGAGAAAGGUGGUGAUCUCGUUUCAAUCCCUCCACCUCCUUUACUUGAAUUAGAUGCCAAAGAGUUUGAAUGCCCGUUCUGCUUCACGAUAUGCCCACGCAAAACUGCUCACAAGGGGGAUUGGGAGUUGGUGUUUCCCCUUUAA